ACCCACCAAGAACCAACAACAACACCAUGACCACCAACUCACCAUCAACCACUACUACCUCAAGGAAAGCAUCAGUCAGCCUACAACUAUUCAAAGAGACCAACAACAACAACAACAACUCAUCACCACCCCAAUCACCCAAGAAUAACGAACAACUCAACCCAAUCACCACCUCACCAUCAUCCUCAAGCUCAUUCAACCCAAUCUCAUCAUCACCAUCCUCAACCAGACCAUCAUCCUCAUCAACCCACAACAACAAGAACAAACGAACUCAAUCUGAAAACAACAACCAUCACAUCCAACCAUCCCCACAUCGCACAUGCUCAACCUCAAUCAGACUAAUUGCUAGGAAUCAACUCACUCCACUCGACCUAGAAUCAUCAGACCAUCAUGAGAUCGGAAGACAAGAACUAACGAGUACAUCCAGAAACCAUUCUUCAAACAACGAAUACAAUAACGAAAGCCGAUCACAACUAUCCUCAACCAUCAGCAACCAUCACCACCACCACCACCACCAUCAUCAUCAAUUCAUUCCAUUCAACACUACCACUUUACAAUCUAACUCAUCCUCAUUCGUCUCCAGUCCAAACCAAGCCAACCAAUUCGAACUACACUCUGACUCUGAACUCACCCAUCCAACCCUACCCCCUAAGAUCAAUCAACCCUCCAGGAACUCAUCACUCUCAUCAUCAACAUCUAGUCUAUCCUCCUGUGAGGAUGAUAACCAUUUCAAGGAUAGUGAUAACAUCCGACUCGUCAACGAUCACAUCUCUCACACCGUACCACUCGAACCUUUCGAUAAUCAAGUAGGAGGUCAUCACUCGAUCUUCAGAUUCUCUAGGCGUGCCGUCUGUAAGCCACUGGUCAGUCGAGAAAAUACAUUCUAUGAGGCCGUCGAAAGAGACCAUCCCGAACUUCUAGCAUUUGUACCACAGUAUCUAGGCGUACUCAAUGUGACCUAUCGAAGGAUCAAUCACAGCCCUCAAUCUGCCAGCUCAACCGAUGACAACUCGCAUCGCCCACCGAUCCAAUCUCGUUCCUCAAACCUAUCUCAGAGACAAGUCUUCCGAAACAAGGAUGGACGAAACCGUUUGGGCGAUGCAAAUCAAGACGAGAUACCGGAAGUCACUCUGAGUCAGAACAGACACAUCCUACCUGAUUCGUCCCUCUGGAACCGGAUGGAUUUCCUAUCGAGUCAGCCCUUCGAUUCUCACCCCUCCUCUGACCAUCAUCCAGAGCGCUCCUUCCAUCAUCAUCACCCAUCAUCGAGCACUCAUUCGCCUGGCCUUCUCGACGAGAUCGGCUUCCCUUCAGACCACACCACCUCUUCUCUCGUCCUAUCCGAUCAUCAUCCACACCCACUCGACAUCGUUAGUGCCAACAAAAACUUACGCAACUCACCCUUGACCCCACACAGCACCCCCGUUGGCUCGCCCCAUGGAUGUUCGAUCUGGAACGAGAAUGGCCAGUUGGGAACUGUGCCAAAUGAGAAAGAUCCACUCUCCUCUUACUUCCGACCGCCCGGCUCUGGCUCGUCGUCCCUAUCGGCCAUCCGAGGCCGAGGCUCAACUCAAGUCAACCGAAAGCUAUGCGAGCAAGUCUUACGGGAAGUCUUCAGCAGCCCGAAGCUUCCACUCAACGGACAACUGCACAAGCCGCCAUGGCGGAACGGCCGACGGACCUCCCGACUCAAGGACAGCAUUGAUUCGACUCGUGAGACCACCACGGAGAUCUCCACGCCACCUCGCAGCCCGGACUGUCUCCGUCGACGUAGCUACCUCUUGCCCCACGACCCACAUCCCGAAGACUCGCCGGUCUCCUCCCUCGAUCAUCAAGACUCUCUUGGUCGUCCCGAAGUCCGGCGGACGAUGAGCGAUAGUCAAGUCAAUCGAGAACGCUUCUCCGUCGUCCACCACGAAAACCCCUCCAAUCAUCAUCCCCAAACCACUAUCGAUGACCAGUAUCAUCAGCAUCCCCCGGCUUCCUCCUCUCAAUCUGCCCCUCAUUGUAGCAUGGAGAACGACAGCCAGUAUUCUGAUUUACCUCAUCUCGUCGAACCUCCUCGAUCGAACUUCGAUUCACAAGAACAUCCCUCUGAAUUGGUCGAUACUUUACAGUUCACUUCAAUCGUCUCAUCAACCAACUUGCACCCAACCAAGAAAUCACAAGAACUCCAUCCCCCAUCAACCAAACACCAUAAGCAACCACACAAACACCACCACCAACAACAACAACAACAACUCCAGCAACGGCAACAACUGCAACAACAAUUACAGGCACAGGAAACGAUCCAAUAUCCAUUACGACAAGAACAGUUUUUGUUGAUGGAAGACCUGACGGGUAAUCUGCUGUGUCCGUGCGUCUUGGACCUCAAAAUGGGUACUCGUCAGUACGGGAUUGACGCUUCCCCCGAGAAAAAAAUCAGCCAGACUUCUAAAUGUAAACAAACUACUAGUGGGAAUCUAGGGGUUCGGAUCUGUGGAAUGCAGGUUUAUAAAGUCUCGGAGAACCGAUACACAUUCCAAGACAAAUACUUUGGAAGGAAAGUGACGACGGCGGACUUUGUGGGAACGUUGACGGAAUUCUUCCACGAUGGGGAGCGGAUCCUGAGCCACCAGAUCCCGGGGAUCUUACGAAAAUUAUACCAGCUGGCCCGGAUCGUCAGUAAACUAAACCGAUACCGAUUCUACGCCUCUAGUUUACUGUUUAUCUACGAUGGCGAUAAGCAUACCCAACUGGAAUACGAACGAGGCCUCAUCAAUCAACAACAAGGAAAGGAGAAAGGGGAGAAGUUGGAGGGUCAUAGAGGAGAAGUGAACAUCAGAUUGAUCGACUUCGCUCAUUGCACCACCGGCGACGACUUCAUCUCUCCCUCCAGUCCGACCCACGAGGACGACCCCGAACGUCCUCGCGCCUCGUUCCCUCCCUCCCAUCCCAAUCAGCCCGAUUGCGGGUUCUUGUUGGGCCUCAAGUCGCUCUGUGCUGCGUUGAAAGAAAUCUGGGAACUUCAACGAAAUUCGGAUGGUGAUGACGGUCUUGAGCAUGGUGAGGGUGGGAAACAUUCGUUGCCACCGCUGGAUGUCUCCGGCGCUGAUGUUUGGGAGGUGAUUUUCGGACCUGGAGCAGAUAACUGUGGAGUCGGACAGGAAUUCGAGAUGCACGCGUUUGCCUCUUUAUUGACUGCUUGAACGAAAAAAGAAACGGGGCGAUCAAGCGUCCAGAUCCGACCCUAUUAUUGUCGUCCUGGUCUCUCUUGAAUGUCGAAAAAGUCGAACCGCACGUAUAUAUUAAGUCGGAUUUAGUGGGAACGUUCAAGGAAUCCAUCCAGGAUACGCUUCUCUUUUUCCCAAUCCCCUGUUCUUCAUCCUUUUUUGCCCCCGCCUCCAUCCUCCUUUCAUUUCUGUACAUCCAUUUUUUUCAGUCAGUAUGGUAUGGUUUAUAAGUUCAGUUUUCCCAUAAAAAAAACUUCCUCCCCCUUGUAAUCCUGUUUUUUUUUUGUUUGUUUGUUGAAAACCUCAUUCUUUAUUCUGAUUUUGAAGUAGUUCCUUUCAUGACAUCUUUUUGAUUUUGACAUACAUUAUAUAACACAGAUAUAAACAUAUGAUUUGUUGAUAGUUGGUCACGUAUAUAAAUGAUAGACAAUUUUCCUGUUAUCUUUAUUGAUUGUUGUUUUGUUUUUUAUGAAUGUAAAUAUGUAAUCUUUCUUUUUUCUUCCAUUUUCUUUAUCUAUCAUUUUGUUUUGAGUAUAAGUGAGUGUUCUAAUGUGUCCAG